UUUUCCCUGCCAGGACCCAGAGGUCAAGUCCCAUCAGGCCUCGCGCGGCACCUUCCCCUCUCUUCCUCGGCGCUGCCUGUGGAGGUGGCAGCCAUCUCCUACCCGGCACCAUGGCUGCCCUCAGACCCCUGGUGAAACCCAAGAUUGUCAAAAAGAGGACCAAGAAGUUCAUCCGGCACCAGUCAGACCGAUAUGUCAAAAUUAAGCGGAACUGGCGGAAACCCAGGGGCAUUGACAAUAGGGUGCGUAGAAGAUUCAAGGGCCAGAUCUUGAUGCCCAACAUUGGUUAUGGGAGCAACAAGAAAACAAAGCACAUGCUGCCCAGUGGCUUUCGGAAGUUCCUGGUCCAUAACGUCAAGGAGCUUGAAGUGCUGCUGAUGUGCAAUAAAUCUUACUGUGCUGAGAUUGCUCACAACGUCUCCUCAAAGAACCGCAAAGCCAUUGUGGAAAGAGCAGCCCAGCUGGCCAUCAGAGUCACCAAUCCCAAUGCCAGGCUGCGCAGCGAAGAAAACGAGUAGACAGAUUGUGUACACAUUGUAUUUGUGUUAAUAAAAUCAUAAAAUUCUGCCA